CUUAAAGGCACUCGCUCCAAGCCAGCAAUCACUCAACUCACCACUCGACCCGCCUCACACAAUGGACGUUGCUUCCUACAAGAAAUACAUCACGACCCGCGGGUUCACCUACAACUACUACUUCUCCGCCGCCCAGCCUGAAAAACCCACGCUCGUCUUCAUGCAUGGAUUCCCGUCGUCGUCGUGGGACUGGACCUCACAGGCUACGUUCUUCAAAGCUCGCGGGUACGGCUUGAUCAUCCCUGACAUGCUGGGAUACGCCGGCACGGACAAGCCGACGGAUCCGAAGGCGUACGUCGGGAGCGGGCUCGCGAGGGACAUCGUGGAUAUCAUGGACAACGAGAGCGUACAGAAGGCGAUCGCGGUCGGGCAUGACUGGGGAGCCCGUCCGACGUCGCGCCUGGCGAAUUACCACCCCGAUCGGUUCAUCGCGUUCGGGUUCUUGGCCGUGUGCUACGCGCCCCCAAACCCUGUGCACAACCCCGCCGCACAGGCCGCAGCGAUCCGGCAGCUGGUCGGGCGCGAUAUCUUCGCGUACUGGGACUUCUUCACUGAGGAGGGUGCGGAUAAGAAAAUCGAGCAGAACUUUGACUCGUUCUUCUCCCUCUUCUUCCCGAGCCCGCCGGAGUUGUGGAGAGAGAACGUCACUACGAUAGGUGCGACCAAGGCGUGGAUCGAGGGCAACAAGCAGAGUCCUGCUCCAGCCUACGUCAGGCCCGAGUUCAAAGAACACUACAGAAAGACUUUACUCGAGGGCGGCCUCGCGGGCCCGCUCUGCUGGUACAGGGUAAACACAGAAGGUCUUGCGGCCGAGGACGAUAAGCAGGCGCCGCUGUCUUCGUACGAGAUUCAUCACCCGGUCUUCUUCGGCGCGGCGCUCAAGGAUGAGAUUUGCCUACCCAUGUUUGGCAAGGCAGUCCUCCAGCGGCUCGCAAAGGGUCCGGUGACAAUCAGAGAAUUCGACGGCGACCAUUGGUUCAUGGUAUCGCAUGCAGAGGAGUUGAACGGCGAGUUGUUGGCGUGGUUGGAGGGCCUGAAGGCGUGAGCGCAUAGGAGUUGGCGGCAGAUAUGCUGUAUGGUAGAAUACGAUUAUGUCUAUGGGAGUCAAGCGUUGUGUCCGCGAGUCAAA